AUGCUCGACUCUGAUGAAGAAGACUACGAGUGCCCUCUCUGCAUGGAGGAGCUUGACAUUGCCGAUCGGAAUUUUAGGCCUUGCACAUGCGGUUACCAGAUCUGUCGCUUUUGUUGGCACCAUAUUCGAGAAAACUUGAAUGGACGAUGUCCUGCAUGUCGACGAGAGUAUUCUGAACAAAUGGCAGAGUUCGAGCCUAUCAGUGCUGACGAGAUUGCACGUAUCAAACGAGAAAAGAAGGAGAAGGAACGACAACAAAAAGAUAUGGAGGCUGCCAAUCGACGCCAUCUUGCCAACAUGCGUGUGGUGCAAAAGAAUCUUGUAUAUGUUAUUGGCCUUCAUCCCAAACUAGCAACGGAAGAGAUUAUACGAUCAUGCGACUUUUUCGGCCAGUUUGGAAAGAUCGCCAAAGUAGUCAUCAACAAACGACCUGUAGCACCCACUUCCAAUGCCAGCGGUACGACCACGAUGCAACCAAGUGCUGCUGUUUAUGUCACAUACAACCGAAAAGAGGAUGCUGCCAAAGCCAUUCAUGGUGUGGAUGGUAGUGUCAUGGCUGGAAGGAUAUUACGAGCAUCUUAUGGCACCACAAAGUAUUGCACGUAUUAUCUUCGAAAUAUGACAUGUCCAAAUCCAACCUGCUUGUAUCUGCAUGAACCUGGUGAGGAGGCUGAUACUAUUUCAAAAGAGGAAUUGGCUACAGGCAAACAUCGUAUGCGUGAUCAAAUGUCAACGGAUGCUGAGCACCGAGCACAUGGUUCUUCUUCAAUGAUGAAUGAGUCAUCUUCAGCAGGAGGAAGUGGUGGAGGACGUAAACCAGCUACGCUUGAAUCGGUCGCCACCAUCUCAUACAAAUCGGCACGACCUGAAUCAUCAUCCACGACUGCAGUUACAACCAAACCAGCAAGUGUGGGAGGUGAUCAAGAUGACGACAACAGACCUGCACUUCCAGCAACAGCAUCUUGGGCCAAGGCGGGUGGUAGUGGACCCUCGACACCAGUGAUGAAAUCGGGUGGUUUACCAGAACGAUCAUUGACACCUGACAACUUUGGUCCACCAUUAGCUGUCGCCGUGGCAGCUGCAGCAGCACAAAAGCAACAACAGCAACAGCAACAAGCAUCCGCAGCGGCUAAGCGCAAGAUUGAAAAGAAAAAGCGAAAAGAACAGAUGAAGAGUGAAAGUAGCAGCAAUGGAUCACGGCCUGCUACACCAUCCACUUUACCUGAGCAGAAUGAUGUUACAGUCGUCGGCAACGGUGAGGGUAUGGUUAACGGCAACAAUUCACCUUUCUAUCUCGAUGGCUUGAUUGGAUUCGUACUUGGUGAUGCAUUAAAUGAGGUGUGCUCAUUAUCAAGGACAACAACGGAUCAAGAGGACAUGCCUGUCGGUGUCAGUGCUCUGCAUGAUGAUAAUGAGGAUGAUGGCGGUGAACCAAAUACAACCAAGGAUAUUCAAGACAAUGAAGACACCAACAAUGACGAGGAUGCUGGUAUCAGCGCUUUGGAAUUUCUCACCAAUGCAACACCCACUCACAGCUAUACUGGCACCUUCAAUCCUUUCACUCAUCAAAUCCUACGCUCCACUGGUUCUCUUUUCGAAACGCCCAUGCGCAAAUGCUCUCGUUUUGGUUUUGCUCAAAUAUAG